AUGGCAGACGGUCUCACGCCCGAGCUGGUGACGACCAUCACCCACGUCCAGCAGGCAUCCGCGAUCCUCUCGCUCAUCGGAUGCGCCUUCAUCAUCUCCACCUUUUCCCUCUGCAAGGCCUUCCACAAGCCCAUCAAUCGCAUGGUCUUCUUCGCCUCCUUCGCCAACGUCUUCGCCAGCUCCAGCUACCUCCUCGUCGGCGUCGUCGACAUGCCCGACUCGUUCGGCUGCCAGUUCCAGGCCGCCAUGCUUCAGGCCUUCGUCGCCUCCGACGUCUUCUGGACGACGGCCAUGGCCGUCAACGUCUACCUCACCUUCUACCACCGAUUCGACGCCGAGCGGCUGAGGAGGCUGGACGUGCCCUACUUUCUCGUCUGCUACCUCGUGCCCAUGAUUCCCGCCAUCACCUACAUCUUCGUCAGGAACGAACAAGGCCACAGGAUUUACGGCUCCGCCAUCCUCUGGUGCUGGAUCACACCCGAGUUCGGCUACCUGCGCAUCGCCACCUUCUACGGACCCAUCUGGGCGCUCAUCCUCAUCACGCUGGCCAUCUACGUCCGCUCGGGUGCCACCAUCUACAAGAAGCGCCGACAGCUCAUGAAGGUGCAGGAUUCCAACGCCAACAUGUCGUCCAACAACAUGGCCAACACGGUGAGCAAGACGACCGAGGUGACGGUCACGCACGACGGCGUCGGCUUCGACAUGGUCGGCCACGAAGCCUCGGCCAAGUCCAUGUCGUCGGCGGAGAAGGGGCAGCGGGCGCCCAAGAAGCCUCGUCAAGGAACGCGCGCCGUCAACCGCGCGGCCUGGCAGUACACCCGGUGCGCGCUGCUGUUCUUCAUCGUCAUCCUCAUCACCUGGAUCCCGUCGAGCGCGAACCGUCUGUACUCCAUGGUCAAUCCCGGCGAGACCAGCGUCGUGCUGCACUUCAUGGGAGCUGCCGUUCUGCCGCUACAGGGCUUCUGGAACGCCAUCAUCUACGGCGUGACAUCGUGGUCGGCGUGCAAGUCGCUUCUGAAGCGAGGGCCCGCAUGA